CGGUGGCGGUAUCGUACCGCUUAUUCCCGGGAUGAGGGGUCCGGUAUCCCGGCAGGCCGUGUUCCUGUCGUCUCUCGGCUCUCGGCGGCCCUGGCUGGCCCCUGGCAACGGGCGGGUCCUUGGCUACCUCCUGGCCCCGGACCGGCCCGCUGUCACUCCUUGGCCUGUCCGUAUUCCUUCUAUCCGCCGUUCGGGCCCUUCCCUCAUCACCACCCCGAUCUUCUAUGUGAAUGCGACUCCCCACAUCGGCCACCUGUACUCGGCGGUGCUGGCCGACGCCUUGUACCGCUCCAGGAUUUUGCGCGGACAUGAAGUCAAGUUUGCAACAGGGACAGAUGAGCAUGGCCUGAAGAUUCAACAAGCUGCAGAUGCUACAGCUGAAGCCCCACUGGAAUUCUGUUCCAGAGUGUCCAAGGAGUUUAAGACGUUGUUCCAACAAUCCCUAGUUUCAUACACAGAUUACAUUCGAACCACAGAAGAACGUCACAAAAAUGCUGUCCAACAUUUUUGGUGUGUCUUGCGUGAGAAAGGGUAUCUUUACCAAGGGACAUAUGAGGGAUGGUAUUCUGUUCCAGAUGAGACAUUCCUGUCUGAUUCACAAGUUGUGGAAAGAAAGGACUCCAAUGGGAAUAUUAUUAAAGUAUCUUUGGAAAGUGGACAUAAGGUAGAAUGGACUAAAGAAAAAAACUACGUGUUCAGGCUGUCUGAGUUCAGACAAAUGUUGUUAGAUUGGUUGAAGGAGAAUCCACAUGCAAUAUAUCCUGAAAAAUUUUAUCAUAUUGUUGUCCAUUGGCUCCAGGAAGAAAUACCAGACUUAUCAGUGUCCCGACAGAGGAACCGUUUGAAAUGGGGCAUCCCAGUUCCUGGAGAUUCAACACAAACAAUUUAUGUAUGGCUAGAUGCCUUAGUUAAUUACCUUACUGUAGCAGGUUAUCCAAAGGAUCACAAUCAUUUGUGGCCUAGAGUACAUCACAUUGUUGGGAAAGAUAUUCUUAAAUUCCAUGCUAUAUAUUGGCCGGCUUUCCUGAUGGCAGCUGGUCUGCAAUUACCAAAGCAAAUAUGUGUACAUUCGCAUUGGACAGUCAAUGGCCAGAAGAUGUCCAAAAGCCUUGGGAAUGUUGUUGAUCCCAUGCAACGAUUUUCUGUAUACACUGCUGAUGGCUUCAGAUAUUUUUUGCUGCGGCAAGGUGUGCCAGAAACAGACUGUGACUAUUAUGAUGAUAAAGUGCUUAAGGUUCUAAAUGCAGAGCUUGCAGAUGCAUUGGGAGGCCUCCUUAACCGGUGUACAGGCACACGCAUGAAUCCUGACCAAAUCUACUCUUAUUUUUCAAACCGCUGUUUUCCUAAAAUACCACAUGUGGGUAAUUCAAGCAGAGCAACAACUGAGGAUUACAAAAUGAUCCAACUGGUUGAACAACUACCUUUGGAAGUUGAACAUUGCUUUGAAAAGUUUCAAAUUUAUAAAGCUCUGGAAGCUAUCAGUUUUUGCAUUCGGUUAACCAAUGGCUUUUUCCAACGGCAUGCUCCCUGGAAACUUGACCGAAAAAGCACUGAAGAUUGUUGCUGGUUGAAUACAAUACUUCAUGUCACUUUGGAGUGCUUACGUAUUUAUGGAAUCCUCUUGCAGCCAGUGAUCCCAACAAUUGCUGACAGAUUACUUUCAAGCUGAUCAGUGCCUUCAUUAAUCCUGGCAUCAAGGAAGCAACAGACUAUCUUAGAUCGAUGUCAAUGGCUACAGAUAUUUGUCCCCUGACUAGAGAAUCCCAUAACUAUUAUUUUCACAAAUUUUUUUCUGCCACUGCACAGUUGAGACGUAUGAAGUUGGUCCUUGUUACAGUCCUCAAAGCAACCAUUGCAUACUACUAAGAAAUAAAUGCUGCUUUGACUGAAAUGUGCUCUGGACUUUACUAACUGCUGUGUUCUUUGAUUGGGAAUGGAUGACCAUGAAGCAAUCAGUCCAUAUAGCUGAAGGAAUUACGCAAACACAUCUAGACACUUGGUAUGCACAAACCACUCAGCCUUGUAGAUGUACCACCACUGAUGUCGUCUGUUGUGCUUUUGUGCAGUUGGUAUGUAAAUGAGCAUAAUUUCAGCUACUACUUGCAUUCGGAAACUUGGUGUUAGAUCUAUUCAAGCUGAUGAUAUUUCCUGGAUUGGUGGAUGUUCAGGGUAAGAGAAACAUACUGGAUUUCCCAAAUAAUUCAAAACAUGGACAUUUUAGACCCCAAAUGCUUUGCCACACCGAUUUUUAAGUGUUUUAACAGAAAUAACUGUAUAAUAAAUAAUACAAACUACUCUUCAAUCAACUGCUUCUUUUAUACUGUUGUCACUUUAUUUAUAGUCGGUUCACUGAUCCUAAAUCUUUUCCAAAAUGGCUUUGUGAGGUGAAUGAAUAGGUCUGUGUUGACACGUCUUUACCAUUUCAGGAGCUGUUACAGUGUCAGUGCAGUACAAUCCUUUCUACAAUACGACUCUACUUGUACUUGUGUGUUGAUGAUAAUUUUAUAUAAUUUAAAGUCCAUUUCAUUUCAUUAACUUGGCACUUAAUUUCUGGAUAGUUUUUAAGUUUGUCAAGCUAAGUUAUUGUAUUCAUUGUCCUGGUACAUUGCCAUGCCAGUCCACCAGAUCCUUCUGAUUUUUUUUUAAAAAAGACUCAUUGCACUAUUUAUUUUUCUUCUGUUCUCCUCAGGCAUUUUCUGAGGGUUGCAAGGCACUGUUUAGAGUGAGCUAUUUGCCCCUCUUCCCACUCAAAUUGGAAACCAAGUGAAUGCUAGGAUCAAACCUGCAUUCUUCCCCUACUGUGGAGUCUUAGCUGUGCUGUUACCCUAAUAUGGUCGUCAUUUAGUGGCAAUUUAGUUUGUCACAGUAAGCAAGGUUGAAUCAAAUCAGUCAUUGUUCUCACUUGAUGUGCAAAUUGCAUUUCUAGAACUGGUGAGAAAUGGCUGAACUUUUACCUCAACUUCACCUUUCUGUACUAUUCCUGUAUCUCUCAAUUAUCUAAUUCAGGAUGUAUAAUGCUAAAUUUCCUAAAACUGAAAAUAGUGAACUUACUAACCUAGCUGUGCAUAACCAAGACAAUCAGCAUUUUGUACACUGGACUCAUUGUGCUUUCAUGCCAUGCAUCCAGUUGACCUAGGUUAAGGGUGCAGGUUGUCCUGUCGUGAUAAUUUGUAAUUAUUAGGAAGCAGCGUUAAUUUAUUGUUCCAAAAAAAUGGAGGAGUAGAACUGCAUCUGAUGCUGUAUUUGAGUCCUCUUUCAGAAUUCACUUAAACAUGGAACAAGCAUGAUGAUUAAAAGUCUGUCUUUUUUGCUUCUCAAGAAUCAACGCUCGUACUUUUGGAUGUUUUAGAUCAAUUUUACUGCACUAGAUGGCAGUAGUUCACAAAUCAAUGGCUGGAGUUCUGAAAAUGAUUAUCCUUAAAUGCACUGUAAAUUAUGACUACCAUAGUCUGUGUUUGUUUCACACAAAGAUCAUCUGUAUGUUAAAAGAAACAUUUAUGUGCUGUAUUGGACAGAUUUUUUUUGUACCUGUGAUCAAGCUAAAUGGAUCAACAGAGAUUGUAGUUAGAGAUUAAAGUAGCAAAUUUAAGGUUGGGAUAAUAAUGGAGGACUAUCAUAUAUCCUGUACCUUCACAUGACUUGAAUCAAUACUUGGUUUGAAAACUAAUUGGAUUAUAAAGUGUAACAGAGGAAAAUAUUGGCUGCUGCUGCCAGUAAUGGAGUAUCGGAUACUUGUUGUCUUUAAAUUAUACGUUACAUCACCAAUCAUGGUUGUAAGAAACGUCUACACAAUUAAACUUCCUUCCAAGC